AAAUCCGGUGAAAUUUGGGGAUCGAAGGUUCUUUAUUACAAUGGACUAUGAUGAUUUUAGAUCGAUUUUGAGGAAUUCAGGGGUGGAUCUAUGGACUUUAAUGGACACGGCAAUCUCUGUUGCCUCUUUGGAUUACGGAAACGAAUUGAAGGAUCGAAGAGAUGGAAUCGUAGAGCGGCUUUACUCGUCGAUGGUUCCUCGAUGUCGUAACUGUGAAAUCGAUUCAAUGAGAACUAAUAACAAAGAGAUUAAAAAGCUGCAACAACAUUCUCCGGUGGAACCUUCGAUUGAAAAGGAGAGCAGUAGCCAUGAAGGAAAGGGAGGUUCUCCUUCCACUCCGCGGUCACUUGACAGGGAUGAUGACGGAGAUCGAAGCUAUGGACACUCAACAAUUGAGGACGAGGAGACUAAGAUUCUCAAUAUCAGGGAGCAUCUCGAAGAUCCCGAUCAGUCGGAAGAUUAUGUGAUAAGUCUGCUACAAAACCUAGCAGACAUGGAUAUUACACUCAAAGCUCUCAAGGAGACGGACAUCGGAAGGCAUGUAAACCGCUUGAGAAAGCAUUCAUCUAACGAAGUCCGGCGAUUGGUUAAGCAACUCGUCAGGAGAUGGAAAGAUGUCGUGGACGAGUGGGUGAAAUUGAAUACACCAGGAGGAGGAACAGCAAAUUCUGCUGCACUCAUUGCUGAUGGAGACUCCCCUCAACAGAACCCCCUAAAAAGCACGCAAAACGUUCAUCACCAUCAUUUUCAGGUUCCUGACUUUGCUUACUCUCCAAAUCCACACAAUGGAAGCUCUGGGUCAGAUAAGAAUCACUCAGAGUCGGAGCCAAAAGGAAAAGCCGUUCCUUCCCGGAGGGAAACUCAAACCAAGACACCUGUGUCUGCCCUUGCAACUGCUUCUGCUUCUCCUUCUCCAAAUAAACAGAGAGAACAAAAGGACAGCGCCAUUGAUCCUGAAAGGCUUGCUUCGGCAAGGAGACGACUUCAGGAAAACUACCAAGAAGCCCAAAAUGCGAAAAAGCAAAGAACGAUUCAAGUCAUGGACCUUCACGACAUACCAAAACCCAAAAAUUCGUUUAUUGGGAAGAAAGGUGGUUUCCAGGCGAGGCAUUGGUGAAAAGGCAAAACGAAAAAUGAUAUUUUAUUAUUCUAUUUUAUAAUGCUACUGGGCAGACCGGGAAAGCAAGAACCGGUUUACCCUGUAACUCUCUCUCUCUCUCUCUAAUCCCUAUAUGGAUUUUUGCUUAAAUUGAUUAAAGGAAUUUAAUUC